AUGCGUGGCACCAUUUCCUGUGAACACCCGUGGGAGGUCAUGCCUGAUCUCUACUUCUACAGAGAUCCUGAAGACAUUGAAAAAGAAGAGCAGGCUGCUGCUGAAAAGGCUGUGACAAGGAGGAAUUUCAGGCUAGUUAAAACUGCAGAGUUGGACCCCUCCUGGAACUACCUCUUUGACUUCCACCCUCACGGGGUCCACGUGGGAGCCUUCACCAACUUCUGCGCAGAGCCCACGGGCUGCUCCUGCCUCUUCCCGGAGCUCCCGCCACACCUGCUCAUGCUGCCUUGUUGGUUCCAUCUCCUCUUCUUCCGGGACUACAUCAUGUCAGGUGCUUCUGCCCUCCCCCCAGGUUUGGUCUCCUUUGUCAAGGCCCCGCUGCCUCAGGGGUGGCCAGGUGGCCGUCCUGGCGUGGGAGGGCCCCUGGAGGCGCUGGAGGCAAAACCCGGACAACUGAGCUUGCAGAUUCAGAAUCAGAAGAGAUUCGUUAAGUCAGCUCUGGAACUCGGAGAGAAUGAGCUCUUCCAGCAGUUCCCGAACCCCCCGAGCUCGUGGGUGCAGAGGGCGCAGGAGGCUCUGCAUCCGCUGCUAAGCGUGGCCCUGCCGCUGUUCCUGGGCCGCCGGGGCCUCCCGCUGCCCUUCCGCGCGCCCAUCCGCACCGUCGUGGAGGCGGCGAUUCUGGUGCAGCAGAGCCCCCCGCCCAGUCCGGCCCAGGUGGACAAGCUGCAAGCGCGCUACGUGGGGCGACUCACGCAGCUCUUCGAGGAGCACAAGGCGCGCUAUGGUGUCCCCGCCGACAGACACCUGGUCCUCACCUAG